AUGGCCAUAGAGAACCUUGGAUGGAACACAUCUUCCGCCGAUAACAAUAGUAUUGCGGAUGUUCAUGCAAUCAUUCCUCCAAACAUUGUCUUGAAAGUCGUCUGCGUUGCCGCACUGAUCAUGACACUUGUUGUCGGCGUUGUGGGCAAUAUCCUCGCCAUGGUGUCCAUAACUAUGUUCAAACAACUCCGGUCACCGUCCAAUGUCAUAGUCGGCGGUCUCUGCAUAUCCGAUUUCACCACGUGCACCGUCAUGACCAUAAUCACCAUAGCGUCGUACCUUUCCGAGGGACAAAUAUUUGGGUACCUUAAAGACGGGAUACUGGGAAACGGUGUUUGCCAGGUGUAUGGUUUCCUCUUCAUUCAGAGCGGUGGGGCAUCCAUCUACUGCAUGGUUGCCAUAGCAAUAAACCGUUACAUAUGUGUAUGUCGAAAACACCUAUUUUUAGCAAUGUUUACGAUAAAAAACAGCGUGUUUUGUGUCGUAGCAUGUCACGCACUCGCUGCCGUGUUUAGCCUCCCUCCGUUUUUCAAUUUUUCACGCUACAUUUUUACCAGAAAUGAAUACAUAUGUCUGAUGGAUCGUACUGGGCUUGGUUUGUACUAUCUCGCAUCACUAGCGACCGGCACUGGGCUUGUCCCUCUCCUGAUUAUUGGAACCUGCUACAUUCAAAUAGGUUUGAAGAUUCGUCAAGUUCAACGUCAGAUACAUUCGCAGAGUGGACAUAUAUCCAAACGAGACAUACAAGUUACAAAGACGUUAUUUGUCGUGUUCUUAUCAUACGUACUGUCCAUUUCACCGUACCAGUUCAUUGCCACGUUCGACCAUAGCAGAGAUCCUCCAUUUGGUCUGGCUGUGCUGUUCUUCUCAAGCAGUGCCAUAAACCCUGUCAUAUAUGGUAUGAUGAACCCACAGUUUCGCCGUGCCUACCGUAAGAUAUUGAAACCUAUUGGAAGCCAUCCUCAGAAUAAUAGUAUUGAGAUCAUUGUUCCAGGUCCCUCAACUACCCUCAGUAUUAUUGGGCAAAGCACCGACAAUUAUAAUUUGAAAGAAAUAACACCCAAAUUGCAGUAG